UUCUUCCCAUUCUUUUCUUGUUUGCAGAUGCCUAAUUCGCACAAACCUCAUUUCUUGAAGCCUCUGCUUCCCGAUUUCCACAGUGGCGUGACAAUACCACUUGGCUUCUUCUCACAGCACAUAGAAGGGAAGACAAACCGGAAAACAUGGAAACUAAGAUCGGACGCUACAGAUCAAACUUGGGAAGUGAUACAAGAAGGCAGGAGACUCACCGGAGGUUGGAAAGAUUUCACCACAGCACAUGACCUUCAAAUCGGUGACAUUGUCAUCUUCAAACACGAAGGAGAUAUGGUGUUUCAUGUCACACCAUUUGGUCCUAGCUGUUGUGAGAUUCAGUAUACACAUCCUCACAUCAUCAAGGAAGAAGCCGAUGCGGAUGAUGCUCCUUCUUUCUCAUUUGACUAUUGUUUUCAGGCUGAGGUCACUGCUUCGAAUCUAAAAGAAGACAAACUUUAUCUUCCUGAGGGAGCUACGACUUGUACUGCUUUGAACAAACAAUGCCAAGAGAUAAUACUUGUCAACAAAGAGGGAAAUUCAUGGACUGUGAGUUUGCGAUUUAGCGAAGCAGACGGCAUGUAUUACAUCAGAAGAGGCUGGAGAAAGUUCUGUCGUGCUAACAGAUGCGCCAUAGGAGACUUAUUUGUGUUCAAUGUGGUUGGAGAUGGGAAAACUACUCCACUAAUGUGUGUAUGUCCGGAAAGGGAAGAGUGAUUUUGAACCUAAACUUAUGUAUGUCGAACCAGAAAUUUAUG